AUGUUUCCCCCUUCUCCUUCCCGCGCCUUCUCCCCAUCCUCCCCCCCGCUCCUUCCUCUUCUAGCUCGUCCCCCAUUCCCCCGUUUUCUGCUCACCACCCCCCCCCCUCCCUCGUUCUCCCCUCAUCUCCUCGCUCUCCACUCAUCUCCCCCCUCUCCCCUCAUCUCCCCGCUCUCACCCCAUUUCUCCCCUCUCCCCUCAUCUCACUGCGAUUUAUCUGACCCCCCAUCUCCCCACAUGCCCCUCCUUCGUUCACCCCUCGUUUCCCCCUUUUCCCCCGCACGUCCCUACUCCUCCCUCCCUCUCCCUUGCUGCUCUGCUCUGCUCCCCGUCCACAGAAUCAUCUGUGCGUUCCUGGAGCAGAAGAUGGUGAAGAAGGUGCUCGAGCUGCACAAGUCCAAGGAGAAGAUCGCCUCCAAGGUUCCUGCUUAA